AUGAGGGUGGACAAUCAAGAAGCAGUCUUCAAUGUAUAUCAAGACAUUCAGUUACCUCAUCAUUACGAGGACCUUGCCAUGAUUUCUGUGGUGGAGAUAAAUGAACCAGUCGUGGAGCCAAGUGCGUUUAAAGAAGAUGCACUAGAAAAUGCAUUGAUGUUGUUCAAUCACUUGGAACUUGAAGAAAGGGUUGAGGAGAUGUUGCAAAUUCUGGAUGCAUCUUGCGAAUACAUAAGAGAAAGAUCCCAAUUUGAGCCUCUGGAUAGGCCAAUCGGCCCGCCCCCUAAACCCUCAGUUAAGGAGGCCCCAAAACUGGAACUUAAACCCUUACCAUCUCAUCUUCAUUAUGCAUAUUUGAGAAGUUCUAACACUUUACCUGUGAUUGUUUCUUCUUAUCUGUCUAACUUGCAGGAAGAAAAGCUAUUAAGGGUGCUGAGGGAGCACAAGCAUGCCAUUGGUUGGACAAUGUCUAAUAUAAAGGGUACUAGCCCUACAUUCUGCAUGCACAAAAUACUCAUGGAGGAGGGACACAAGCGUAGCAUGGAACAUCAACGCUGCCUAAAUCCAAUCAUGAAAGAGGUGGUAAGAAAAGAAGUGAUUAACUUGCUCGACGCAGGUUUUUAUCGCCAAUUUAUAAAGGAUUUCUCAAAAGUUUCUUCUCCUUUGUGCAGGUUGUUAGAGAAAGAUAUGCCAUUCAAGUUUAACGAUGCUUGUCUGAAAGCAUUCGAGGAGCUGAAAAAGAAGUUAGUGAGUGCACCAAUCAUAGUGGCUCCUGACUGGAAUGAGCCAUUCGAGCUAAUGUGUGACGCUAGUGAUGGUGCAAUUAGGGCCGUAUUGGGUCAGAGGAGGAGCAAAAUAUUUCACUCUAUUUACUACGCAAGGAAAACUCUCACUCAUGCUCAAAUAAAUUAUACUUUGACAGAAAAGGAGUUGCUUGUUGUAGUGUGGGCGUUCGAUAAAUUUCGGGCCUAUUUGGUCGCACCAAAGUCAUCGUCUACACAGACCAAGCAGUCAUCAAGAUUUGACUUGGAGAUCCGAGAUAGUAAAGGAAGAGAGAAUCAAGUGGUCGAUCACUUGUCCAGGUUAGAAACUCGGAGUCAUGUAGCUGAGGGAGAUUUCAUCAAGGAAACCUUCCUAGAUAAGCAAUUGUUGGACGUUACUGUUAGGGAGGUGCCAUGGUAUGCGGAUUUUGUAAACUAUCUAGCAAGUGGAGAAAUGCCGCCUGACCUUGAACCUCAUGCUAAAAACACGUUCUUGCGAGAUGUGAGAUCAUAUGUAUGGGAUCAGCCAUUUCUGUUUAAAUCUUGCACCGAUCAGUUAAUAAGAAGAUGUAUGCCCGAAUCUAAAAUAAAUGUUAUCUUACAUGACUGUCAUGCGUCAUCUUAUGGCGGUCAUCAUGCGGGUGACAAAACGGCAGCCAAUGUAUUGUAA